CUUCCAGGCAGGGGAUAUCGGUUGCUUCACAACCAACCAACCAACCUUCAUUUCCCCCAUUUCCAUCGACACUCCAAACCGAGACAAGCAGCUGGCGUCCUUGUGCAAGUAGGCGCUUACAGCUCGACGUAUACCCACCCAUCUUUUGCGUCACGCCACAGGCACCACCACCCUCUCCCAAUACAACCAGGAGCAAGAAGCAAAAGACAGGGACUACUACAAGCACGACGUUCACUGCACCAGCGGGAACCAAGUCUGACUGCAACCAGUCAGGACAAGGCACAUCACAUCACAUCGAAUCAGGCAUGCGUGCUUCUGGUCCGGCGAUGAGAGGCGGUCUCAACCGCUUCCGCCGCACUUCCCCGACUCUCGGCUUCCUCUUCUCCACGGCAGCUCUUCUGGUGGCUUUGACACCAGGGGCACAGGCGGCCUUGAACAACUAUGAUGAUCCGCUGAGCUAUUCCUGCCCUUCCGGCCAAGGUCUCGUGUCCGUCUCGUCCUGGCACUCCAACAACGACGAGGAUCGCGUGUGGUCGCUGGGUUGCACCUCGGUUGGUGCGUGGAGUUCAUCAGACUCUUGGACUGGAUAUCUCAACAACUUUGACCAUGCCCUCAGCUACAGCUGCCCUUCCAACAAAUAUGUGAGCGGGCUUGCAAGCUACCACAGCAACAACGACGAGGAUCGUCGGUGGAAGGUUCGGUGCUCCAGCAUUGGCGGCGGCUCGCUGUCGAACUGCAACUUUGGACCGCAGGAGAACACAUACGACAACCCGCUUGAUUACAACUCCCCAGCAAGCACAGUCAUCACGGGUGUCUCCUCCACACACAGCAAUCAUGACGAGGACCGCGUGUGGAGUUUCCGAACGUGCCGGAUCAACUGUGACCGCAACAACGGAUACAGGCUGAACGGCCGCGCGUGCGACUUGCAAUCCUGCAGCCCGUUGUCGCUUGCAAAUGGCGUCACAGAGGGAAGCUGCUCUGGCAACUUCGGUGAUGAAUGCAAGUACAAGGAGUGCAACGCGGGCUACGAAAUGACAGUAUUUGGAUCAACGAUGCGCAAGUGUGAUUGGAUUGGCAGCGACGUUGGCUGGACCAACACCGCCAAGGAGUGCAUAGACAUUGACGAGUGCCUGACUGGCGAGGAGGACUGCUAUCCAGGCUCCGUGUGUGUCAACACGGAGGGAUCGUACUACUGCGUGUGCGAGUUUGGAGAGCAGCAGGAGAGCAGCUGCUUUGUUGAGGUUCCGACCAUCACGCUUGAUCUCGGCCUCACUGAGAUGACCAUCAACAUCGACGGCGAGUGGGGCAACACCUUCCCCAAGUACAGGGUGUCCGUUGCACGCUGGUCGUAUGAUCUGGCGGCCAAAGAGGACAUCCCCGGAUUCCCAAAGACGAUCCGCAAGCCGUUCACUAGCCACCGUGUCAUCAACCUGGAGGCUGGUACCCGCUUCAGGGUGACCCUGACACCUGUUGGCAACAAUGAUGAAGAGAUUCCGUACUUUUUACAGCUUGCCCUGACACCCGAAGGCAACGAUCCCCAGACCAUCUGCGGCUGCAUUCCAGCUGAUCCAACUGGUGCGCCCACCGACUUCCAGAUUAGGCAGUUCAAAGGACACGUGCUCUUCCGCUGGGCGGACCAGAGCCAGUGCGAGUCUGCCUUCUCCUUCACGCGCAACGGCGUUGGCCUGACGUCGCGGUUCCCCGUCACGGAGCAGCUGGCAUGCGGCGCCAUCCAGGAGCCAAACACCGUCUACGACGACCUCACCAUCCAGUCGGCUGGCGACUACGCUGAAGUGGACGAGGCCCUCAACUACUUGCUGCCAGAAGGCGACUUUUACCUGCGCCAUUUCCUGGCCGUGGACACGGGCGACACGCGCUUCAUGUACCCGCACGAACUGCAGCGCCAGAAAACGCACUUCUCGUCGACGAGCACGACCACGACGGCUGCGCCGCAGGGUGUGCCUGAUGAUGAGAACCGCUACUAUCCCGGCACUUCCUCACCCGUCGCGUCGGUGUCGGAGUGCAAGGACCUGUGCGACAUUCGUUCAGACUGGUGCAUCGCUUUUGCUGUGCAGACCAAAGGCGACGACACGCUCAUGUGCCACCAGCUGCGCGUGAUCCAAAACGCGACGCUGCGUGCAGGCGAGAAGAAGGCCGUCUCCUUUGAACGCGUGACUGUCACCGGCACCGGCGUCGACGGGUCGUACAUCUUCGACGGCACGCAGGACGACUGCGAGGAAGCGUGCUCGGCACACGGCUCGUGUGAUAUGACCAUGGUGGCUGCUGGCGUGUGCGCCGUCGUUGUCGACGCUGUCGAGACAGAGACUCCGCUCGCCCAAUCUGUGCACCCCGACAUUGACCCGACAUUCUCUCGCCGCAUCCCUGGUCCUGAGCCCGGCACCACGCAGGAGUACUGCAUCGAGGCAAACAAGCCCGAGUGGUACGACCUUCAGGGCUACUCCUCAGAGCCCACUUGCUCUAACUUCACAAUCAUGUGGGAGAGCCAACUUGAGGGCCAGAUUGCCAUCGACUCCAAGGAAAUCCACCUCCCCGUGGAAGGCGUUGAGGUUGAGUUUGAAAUUGGCGGACUGGUGCGUGGGCGUCGCAUCACCAACGAGGACGGAAAGUUCUCCAUCCACAUCCUCUCGGACAAGCUGGUUGGCAGCCGCCACCGCAUGACGCUCCGCUUCUCCAAGACCACGGGCAACAUCAAGCACACCUUCACCUGCGGUGGCAUUGCAUGCACAGAGACCACGCUCAUCAUGGAACACCUUCGCUUUGACCACACAGUCAACGUUCGUGAUUCGACCUCCCUCCCGUUCAGUGGUAUCGUCUCCAUUGGGGGCACGGAGCACGAGGGUCUUCCUGACGGCUGCCCGCUCAAGGACGUCGAGGUUUGCCUGUACGACCGCAACCAGGCCAACACCCUUGUCAACUGCGACCUGACGGAUUCCAAGGGCCGCUACCUCGUGCGCGCUGUCCUCGGCACAUCUGUCACCGUCGGCCUCACCUUUGCCAACUCGUCCCACACGUUUGAGCGCGCACCGUACAAGAGAGAUGCAGCCAACGCCCCUUCGGGCAUCCUGCAACGUGUCGACGCCACCAACACGCUGGUGCGCACACUUUACUAUGAUGUGACGGACGGCAAGUUCUGGGAGAACAUCAACUUCAAGGACACGACGUCUGACAGGGCGACAGUCGACAUUGCUGGUGGGCUGUGCAACCUCAACCUCGGCGACGCGGUGAUGGAGUUUCGGUAUGACGCGUGCCCAACGUGGGUGAGGACACACACCAUUUCUGACCGGCUGUCCAAGUGGACGCUGCCAGCGCAGAUCAUCACGGUGCGCUUCAAGGAGAUAACGCGCAACUACGAGGUGCGCGGCGAGAUUACGCGCUACUUCUCGGCCAAGCUGGGCAACUCGCGGUCGCUGUACUUGGACCUGCGCAACCCGCAGGAGGACGACGAGGACAAGAAGACGGUGCGAUUCGAGUACCGCCCACCACCGCAGCUGAGCGUGUCGUUUGACAAGGAGGAGAAGCACAACUGCAACAGCACAGAGGGCGAUCGCCCCUUGCACGUUGUGAGGCAGAACCAGGAGCUGAAGGUGACUGUGAAGGUCAUUGAGGACUACGGCGAAGGCGUGGGCACGUGCGAUGCGGUGCCGGGCCAGAUUGAGGUUGAGAACCAGUUGGGCGAGUCGCCAGCCAUCGUGGACGUGCUGAACGCCACCACCUCCCUCACCAACAAGCAGCUGAACAAGCUCAAGCAAUGCUACGACACGUGCCUCAUGGACGUGAAGAUGGACGAGGAGCUGCAGGAUGGCGAGACAGUGUACUCGAACACGCGCAUUGAGCUGAACAUCAUGACGGGCGAGCCAGAGACCAACCCACAGGCCGUCAACCCAGAGAACCCGUACUCCAAGCUCUUCCGCGUCACCAUGCACAACCUCCCACAGGACCCCGUCACCGUGUACGAGAAGGUGGUGGUGAUUGGCGACAAGGUCAUCUCCAAGUACUUUAGCGUGCCCUUCCCGCGCUAUCAGCCGCUUGCAGUGGUGCAGGAUCCGCCCGGUGGCCUGUCCACCGUCACGUACUCCAAGGCGUACAGCAACUACUUUAUGAAGAGCCACACGCACGAGGAGUAUCAUGGGUUCUACUUCACCACGGGGCUUGCUCCCGUCAAGGUGGAGACGGGCGUGCAGCAAUGCACCGGUCUCGGUGCUGCCGUGUGCACCAAGGUGGCGGACACGGAAUCCACCCCAUUCAAGAUCAGCGUUGACCAAACUCAUACUUUUGGCAGCAUGGAUCCCGACGACAACUACAACUCUGAGCGCGUGUGGUCGUUUGGAAUUGAGCUGACGACGUCCGAUGACGUGAUGACGGCUGGUGAGAAGUCCGACAUGUUCCUCGUGCCCGCCCUCAACGUGGUGUGGCUGGAGACGGAGGAGGUGUCGUUUGACGUGGAGCAGUGCCAGGCGGCCAAGGAGACCAAGGUCAAGUGGAGCCUCGAGGGCCAGGAAAACAGAGAGGUGCUGAGCUGGGUGUCUGCGUUUGAGAUUGAGAACAAGGAGCUCCCAGACCUUCGCAAGCUGCUCGCUCUCGCCGAACAGCCGCCAGGCGAUGACGACGACGACACGGAGGAGGAUAGGGCGGAAAAGAUUGCUGAGCUGAAGCGCGCGAUCAAGGCGUGGGAGAGCAACCUGGACCGCAACAAGGAGGUGCGGCAGAAGGCGGCCGACGGGCUGCUGGAGCCCGUGCAGAACAUGUGGGCAAAGGGUAACGCCGAGUUUGACUGCUUGCCGAGCAUUGCGCCCAACAAGGACCCGAAGAAGGCAGCCAAGAUUGAAGGCGAAUUGUCACGGACCAAGGUGUGUAACGGCUUUGACGUGGAUCGCAUUGCCGACAAGGCGAAGAAGGGCAUUUCGCUCGCCCCACACGACGACAUCGACAAUGCAAAGGACUUGGACGGCCUUGCCGCAUCAGACCAGGACAAGCAAGACCUGCGCAACAUCGACACAAUCAAGUUCUCUGGCGGCGGGUCCACGUACACGUUUGAGUACGACCUGUCACGCGGCGACAGCGUGAUUGGCGGCAGUUCGCGAACGCACGAGGUGUCUGCUGGCAUUGAUGUUGAAUUUGGGUUCAAGGUGUUCGGUGUGGGAAUGAGCUUUGAGCUGUCCACGGGGUACAACUACGAAGGCACGGUUGCUGACGAGUAUGAGGCUGGUGUUUCGACAGAGGGCACCCUUUCCGUGACGCUCGGUGACCCGGACCCAUUUGACGUCUUUGACGUCGGCGUCUUCCUGCACCCCGACUACGGCACAUUUGUCUUCGCCACCUUCUCAGGUCAAUCGUCGUGCCCACACGAGCCCAACACCGUGCAGCUGGAGAAGCCGAGUGUGAGUGUUCUGAAGCGGCCAGAGGCGCCCGUGCUGCCCGGUGAACCCGCCGUGUUCGAGCUCCUGCUCAAGAACGAUGGUCCAGUCACAUCUGACUUUAACCUGUUUUAUCUGUCGUGGCUGAACCAAGACGGCCUUGAAGUUGUGGCCAACGGACAGGCGCUGGAGACGGCACUCAUCUUUGAGGGUUUCCCCGCCAACUCGGCAAGGUACAUCACCAUCACCGUGAACCAGGGCCCAAGCAAGUUCAAGUACGACCCUGUUGCCAUUGGCUGGCGGUCGCUGUGCGAGGCCGACAGGCACCCUGACAACGGCUACAUCACGGACGAGGUGACGAGCGUGGAGUACGUGUACUUGGAGGCCGAGUUCCUGCAGCCGUGCAGCCCCGUGAAGCUUGUUGGCGAGAUUGGCGAGUCUGGCGCGUUCACCCUCAACCAGGAGACGAUGGAGCAGGACUACAAGCCCGGCCAGAUCCGCGUCGUUGCCUUCAACCCGGACCAUGCCGAGCGCACGUGGCUGGAGGACGAUCGCCUGGAGAAGGUCGUCAUCGAGUUCAAGCCCGUCAACUCGUACGUCUGGCUGCUGGCCCGCGACGAGAACGGGGAUGCACUGGACAUUCGCGAGCGUGAGAACGAGUAUGGCUACAUAACGUCGUGGUGGGACGCGUCCACGCUGCUUGAGGGCGACUACCACCUCCGCAUCCGCGCGCAGUGCCAGGCGUCCAUCAACGAGGUGCCCGAUGGCAUUGACGAAAAGCUGUCGUUGGUGGCAGCUGGUGUCGUUGAUCGCGACCCGCCGGUCGUUUUUGGAUUCCCUGAGCCCGCGGAUGGCGAGUUCUUCCCUGGCGACGAGAUCUCGUUCCAGUUCAACGAGGACGUGGAGUGCCGGCAGCCGUUCAUCUUCCAAGUGUCGCUGACGGUGGAGGACUACGACCGCGACUUCAACAACAACAACAUGGUGAUUGUGUGCGAGGGCCGCAAGAUCUCCAUGUCCCUUCGCCGCGGAUUCCGCUACGACGAGGUCAACGGCCUCACCGCCACAGUCGUCAUCGAGAACGUCAAGGACCUCAACGGCAACCAAAUGGAGUUCCCACCCGAGCACACGUUCACCUUUGCAGAGCUGAACCUUGCGGAUGCCAGCGUCACGCUGAGCGGCCUCGUCGUCAACGUCCCAUAUCAGGACGUGUAUGCCGACACGACGUCGCAGGAGUAUGCAGACUUUGCUGGCGUGCUGCAGACGGAGCUGGCCACUGUUGUGGACACGGACCCGUCACGUGUGACCAUCACGGGCAUCUCUCCCGUCGACGCGACCAACUACAACUCUGGCAUCACCGUCUCGCUCCGUUUUACGCCUGAAGGAACAGACACAGCAGCUACUGGCCGUCGCCGUCGUGCUACCACUUCGACUGCCACGGAUCUCGCCAGCCUGCUGCAGAGCCGGCUGCAGAACGCCACGUACACGGAAUCGCUCUCUGUCCUCAACUCUGCCUCGCUGGACGAGGCAGCGAUAGUUGAUGUGGAGCCAUCUGCGACUGACACGGCACAGCAGCAGACAUCGAGCAGCAACACGGGCGGUGCCUCUGCAUCGACAUCCCUCUCUUCCGGCACCUCCACCUCAUCUUCGGAUUCCUGGGCAGGCAUCAAGCUUGAUGCAUCCUUGGCGCUGAACAUUGCCCAGUUGCUGAUUGUGAUUGCGGUGUUUGCCCGCAUGUACGGGUGCGCUGGAAAGAACAAGGGCGCUGAGCACGAUGAUGCUGAUGCAAGUGGCGAGAAGAAAGCCACGGGUGAUUCGCAGAGCGAGCAGUCAACCAAGUGGUUUAAGCCCUGGAGCCGCAGCAUGUCGGCCAAAGUGAAGCCGUUCACGGCUGAACCAGAAAAUGCCGUCUGAGCUGUUUGAGAGAAGUGGGGAAGGGUGGCGGCUUUGCCUUGGGUGCGUGUGUGAGUGUGUGUGUGUGUGUGUGUGUGUGUGUGUGUGUGUGAGUGAGUGUGUGAGAGAGAGAGUGUGUGUGUGUGUGUGUGAGCGAGUAUGUGUGUGUGUGUGCGUGUUGUUCAAGCCAGUUAACGCCAGUUCAGCUUGUCUGUUGUGACGAUUGCAUCGAUGCAUCAAAGUCUAUUACACAUUACCAUUGACCAAGAAGAAUAUAUGCUGUGCAAGCCAG